GUGGCGCUUGUGAAGUUGGAGGGGGAAAGUACAGAUUCUCUAAAUAUCAACAUUAGCGAAUAUUUGUCACAUUAUUUUACAGACUGCAGUGAUCGUAUCCACGUCAUAUAGAUUACUGGGUUGACAAUGAGGCGCGCUGGUUUGGGAGAAGGUGGCCCUCAAGGCAAUUACGUUGCGAGCGGAUACAGUGUGUAUGAGGAGGAGAAUGAACAUCUACAGGAGGGACUGAGAGAUAAAGUACACGCACUUAAACACUUGUCUAUUGACAUUGGAAAUGAAGUCAAGAUCCACAAUAAGAUGUUGGGAGAAAUGGACUCAGACUUUGACUCGACUGGAGGUCUGCUGGGAGCCACCAUGGGCCGAUUGAAGCUCCUCUCCAGGGGAAGCCAGACCAAGGUGUACUGCUACAUGCUGCUGUUUGCUCUGUUUGUGUUCCUCGUCCUGUAUUGGGUCAUCAAACUCAGGUGACCACACAACUCCUGAGAUCCAGGACUUUAUUACAUGCCAUGCUCAUUUGGGGUAGAAGAGCAAAAUCCUCACACUUAUGAUGAUGGUAAUGAUGAUAAUGAGGAGGAAUUAAGGGGAGCAAAUGUGCUUUUCUGGCCAGUGAAUUAGAAAUUGAACCAUUGAGUUACAAUGUGCAAUAUGAGAGAAAAAAAAAAAACAUCUGUCCCCAAAAUUACAGUCUCUUCAAUGGAGAAAUGCUACUUAUACUGGAAAAACAUGCAUAUUUAAUUCAGUAAUAAUUAAACAUUUGUUUGUG